CCAAUCUAUAUAGUGUUUCUAUUUUAUUUUAUCUACAUAAAGCAGGGUUUAAUAUGUGCGAAUCUUAUUCCAAUGUUAGAAACAACAUUCGAGCACUCGAUUAGGAACUAAAAAUGCAGAGCUCUUGUUUCCUUCAGAGUCCGCCAGACAUGACGGACCACCGGGAAUAGCUAUCAGAGCUUUUUUGAGAGGGAAACUUCAGACAAGGAAAUGUGGCUGUGGGGAAGAUGAGACAAUAGAACAUGUUAUUUUACAUCGCAGGAAUUACCGGAUUUAGAGAAACAAAUUAAUUAGGAACCUUAUAAGUAUGAAAAUGAAAUUUGACAAAAUUGUUCAGGAAGCAGUGAAUAUCAGGCUAUGUUUGAUUUUUUAAAAACUGUAAAUUUUAGAGUAGGAUAUAGUUUUUUUCCCCCCUUUGGUUUAUUUUAUUUUAUGUCAAGUGGUCCACACUCCUUACCAUUUGGUGGCGGUAAUGCUCACCUAACGUUUUUUGCAAACCGUCAAUAAAUUUCAAGAAGAAGAAGAAGAAGCCAUCACAGCAACAAUAAACACGCACUUUCAGUUUACGGAGUAGACUGACGGAGCAGGUCUGAGCUUCAGGAAGCAGAAUGGAAGAGGAAGUGGUAACGGCCAAGACGAAACAAGAAGACCCCGCCAGCAGUGAAGGGGAGGCCGACGUGGUGAAUAAAACUCCGGUCAAAAGAGGGAGAGGGAGGCCAAAGAGCUCCAAAAAUAAACCGCUUUUUGCAGUAAUCCUGAUUCAGGAUUCAGGUGAUUCAAACAACACGCCUCAACCCAAGGAGCCGCGGGAGUCUGGGGAAGAAAACGCAGAGUCCCCGGUUACAGCCCGCAAGGGCAGAGGACGACAGAAAGGGUCCACGAAACAGAAAAACAGCGACAAUACAGAACAAUCUCCAAAGAAAAGAGGACGACCACAGGGGUCUGGCAAGAAACCCGCCACUGAAGGCUUAGUAAACGGCGGCGCAAGUCCGCGCAAACGAGGGCGCCCAAAAGCCCCCAUAAAGCGAAAGUCUGAUGUAGACGAAGGCAUCUCCGUAUCUCCUCGGAAAAGAGGCCGACCGAAAGGCUCUCCCAAUAAGAAAUCAAGGAUUGAGCGGGAGCAUAGUGACUGGGAUGCGGAAGCGCACACAGCCGAGAAAUCACUGAAUAUGUCAACAAGUCGGCCCAGGAAGCCUGUGGUGAAGUACAGUGGUGGCGUUCCCAAAACCGUCUCAAAGAAAUCUCACAGAGGAAGAGGAAGACCGAGGAAGAACUUGGAUGACCCCCAGCCGGUGAAGAGAGGAAGAGGCCGACCAAAAGGCUCUACGAAGAAUAAUCCGUCUCCAUUUAAAGCACGUAGGAAGCAGGGAAGACCACGGAAGUACCCUCUGCCUUCUGCAGAGGAGCUGAAGAAGCCCAAAGUGUGGAAACCCCUGGGAAGACCGCUGAAAUACCCCCGAGUCGAGGAGGAAGCGUCAACGACGCCUCGUAGAGGCCGCGGUCGGCCGCGCAAGUCCAAGAAAGGUGCUCACUUACGAAAGAGCCUAACGUCUCCUUCCUCCUCGCGCGACGGAACGCCGAGGAAAAGAGGCCGCCCAGCGGCUAACCCGAGCAGAGACGACGGCGUCCCCCGGAAGAAGCGGGGCCGCCCGAAAGGCUCCACCAGAGGAGACGCACAGCUCAACUACUCCAAGGCAGCUAGCGAAGGCGAACAGGAGCAGACGGAGGCGGAGUCGAUACGCGGGGAGGAAGCGGGAGAAACUGUCCUGGCUCAGGACGUUAGCUAUGACAUCAGCGAGCAGGCUUGAUGUACGGUCCGGUCUGACCGCUGUAGUCGAUGCCGUUGAGUCAUAGAUCAUGUGUUUUAACCUUCUGUCCGUUCGCUAGGCUAGGCAUUCAGCAGCGUCUCCAUUUUUACUUCUAACGUCGUCAUCUCUUUUGUUGUGCUUUUACUAUUAUUAUUAUUUUUUUAAAGAAGUUUUUUCUGAGUGAGAAUUUGAAGCCAAUACAGACAAGUUGUUCUCAUAGAGAUGCACCGA